AUGGAAUAAAAACUUCAUUACUUUGUAAAGCUUGAUGAUUUCUUUUUUCAUGAAUAUUAAUUUAUGAAAAAUAAAAAAGAAAAAAUUGCAGCUAUUGAUUACUGCAAUCAGUUGAAAAACGGACUAAUGCUUAUAGUAAAUUUUCUAUAUCAUUUUGAAAUUAUUUUAUUUUUAAAUAAAAUUAGGAGUAUAAAUAAAAGGAAAUUUAUUUAAAAGCAGAUAAGAAAUAGCUAAACUGUUUCUUAUUAUGCCAAAAUCAUAACCUAGUAAAAAUGUAAAUAAAAUAUCAAUCACUUUGAGUGA